AUGUGGGAUCCUCUCAGCUACAUCUAUCAGGCCGUUGGGUCGAAACAUACGGAAAGCAGCUCUGCGACGCUUCCGUCGUUUUACGAGUACACCACCCGCCCCUUUCUGCUGAAAAAGGAGGAAGAGCAGCUGCAUUCUAAAAUGGCCGCGGAAAGGGUAGCUUGGAAGUCGCUGUCUCUCUCUUUUUGUGGCAAGGACUACGCAGCGCACUACUCGAGUGAUCGAGGCUCCGAAGAGUUUGUGCAGGAUCUGAGGGUCGUUGUGAAGAGCAUCGAAGAUGACCUGAUGCGGGGCGAGAGCAUCUACUCUGGCUUUCUGGAGCAGGUGGACAAGCUGCAAAAGGAAAUCAGAGGCGCCGCGGUGGACGUUGUAUUUGACAAUGAUCUCUCUGUGGACACUCUGUAUAUACGCGAGGGGUUCUUAUGCUGUGAGCUUCGAAAAAGGCUGCGUGUUCCUGCGACCGUAUCGACACUGCUGUUGGAGCGGGGCAGUUUCCAUUUUUUGAUCAAGGGCGAAGGGUGUACCGUUUGCAUGACUGCGAUGAUCGACAAUGACGGCGCCCCGGUGCAUUACGAGGGCGUCGUGUUGGAGUCUGACACACUCUGCUGCAGCAAUGGAAUCUGCAGAAGCGGCAGGGGUUCAAAGGACCGCUGCUUUGUCACUGUCUUUUCAGGGGACGAAAUGGGCUGCGCAGCAGGUUUGUUGUUGGCGGAGGGGGUAGUGGGAGGUGAGCAUGUGGAAAAGACUCUGCGAACACUGGUGGAUGCUGGUGUACUUGUCUGUUUUUCUUCCGUAUACAAUGAUGGUUCUGUAUGCCAAUACGAGCAGCAUGCACAGGAGAGCGAUAUCUCUGCGGUGCCCGCGGCGGCACAGCAUUACGCUGCCGCACGUCGUACUCGCGUCGUCCGUUGCAGCCGAAACGCGGAUGCAAUGCACCUUCUGAAUGCCGAUGUGAGCAAAGGAAUGCCGCCGGAUGUGGCAGCUCUCGAUUUGGCGUUGCGUUCUCCACCCCUGGUGGCCACAAUGCAAACGGUGCCUGGACCUUCAUACUUCGAAGUGGUGCGUUGUGUUGGGCCUCUUGGUGUCUUGGAUGGGCCGCUAGCUCUCUCGAUCGCGCACGACAGCCCGUUGCAUAACAAUGUUCUCAAACAUGGUGACACGAUAGUUCUUUUUCACGUUGCUGACCAGGAUGUAUGGAAAAAAGGUCCGUCUCGUCAGUGGCUUGUCCCUGCCAGGUGCGACGCGGCAAAAACAAAGGCAGGCUGUUUUUCUGUGCCGCGCUGCUGCUCGGUGGCUGGGGUGCUUUUGUUCACAACAGAAAGGAGCUUCUCAGCUGGUGACAGUGCAGUAGUGAUUGGCAAGUUAGCGGAUGCGAACCGAACAGAGCAGCCCUUGUGCGCACCUUUUUCGCGGUUUUCUAGCUUGUUUCAUUAUACACCUUUCGUGUGCAAAUUUCUUCAUCGCCAGCACGGUCCAAUCGGAUUUGUCGGCUUCUCGUUUGCAUUCUGCAGCACUGCUCCUCUGUUGGCGAUGGCGCUGCUUCCUCUUCAUGUCACUGACUUCAUCAGCUCGGAAACGGAUGUGGAUCCGACGAUAACGCUUUUUUUCUUUCGUCGAGAGUAUGGAGGGUUCUCAGUGCGUAACUACCCGUACUUCACGGAUGCGCUGCCGUGUCCUCUCCAUCGUUUGAUUGAUGAGAAAACGAGUUUGGUUGCAGGAACAGCGACUUGUCGUCUACUUCAGGUGGAAUCGCUACUAGGUGAAUCGAGCACUUUUAUGAUGCUAUCUGUGAGCCGAGUCGCUUUUGACGGAUCUGAUAUUUUGCAGUUUGGAGAAUGCUGA